AGCCACCAAGCAUGGCCCUUUGGUAAUAGAAUAGCCGAUGUAAUUUGACACUUCAACUUGCUGUGCACUCUGCUAGUUGAUUCAGUUACUCACCCACUGACGUUGAGCCCGUUCUCAGUGUUUGUGGCGAGAAAAAAAUAUAUUUAAAACAAGAUCUGAAAAUUAAGAGGAUUUCAUUGCUCGCUGCUUGGCUUAUAUCCGCGCUGUCCAUUGCGUGCGGAGGUGAGGGCGUGAUCAGGCCCUGUCCAACGCGUGUGGAGGUGGGGGGGGGGUGUGUGGAGGGGGCGUCGUCUGCGUGAUGUGCGGAGGGAGGGGGGGCCAGCUCCUGGAGAGGACUCGUGGCGCGUAGCACGCAGGCAUGCCCUAUGAUUGAUCGGGAAUUAGAGCUGGUUCUACAGAGUUCCUAUAAAAGAAAUCCCGAAUAUCCACAGAGUGCUGAAGUUUAAUGGCUUUCAGGUAGAGGCCCAACGACAGACAAUCACAAUGAACUCGAUUCCGUCGAUGGACAGGCAUAUACAGCAGACCAAUGACCGCCUGCUGUGUAUCAAACAGCACUUACAGAAUCCGGCGAAUUUCCAGACGGCGGCGACGGAGCUGCUGGACUGGUGCGGCGACCCACGGGCCUUCCAGCGGCCCUUCGAGCAGAGCCUGAUGGGAUGCCUGACGGUGGUGAGUCGUGUAGCGGCACAGCAGGGCUUUGACUUGGACCUGGGCUACCGGCUCCUGGCAGUGUGCGCCGCCAACAGGGACAAGUUCACCCCCAAAUCAGCAGAGACCACCUCCUGCAGGCGCUGUCAGACUGAUUCAGCGCUCCUGUCCUCCUGGUGUGAGGAGCUGGGUCGUCUCCUCCUCCUGCGGCACCAGAAGAGUCGGCAGAGUGAGGCGCCGGGGAAGCUGCCCAUGCAGCCGCCCAUGAGCUCCAUGAAGCCCUCGCUCUCCCACAGUGAUGGCCCCUUUCCAUACGAUUCCGUUCCCUGGCAACAGAACACCAAUCAGCCACCGGGUUCCUUAUCAGUGGUGACCACGGUGUGGGGAGUGACCAACACAUCGCAAAGUCAGGUUUUGGGCAACCCAAUGGCCAACGCCAACAACCCCAUGAACCCCGGCGGUAACCCCAUGGCGUCGGGCAUGUCCGGGAGCAACCCCGGCAUCUCCUCGCCCCAGUUCCCCGGCCAGCAGCAGCAGUUCCCGGCCAAAGGGGGCUCCAGCCAGCCCUACAUGCAGCAGGGCAUGUACGGCAGGCCAGGAUACCCUGGGGGAGGGGGCUUCGGAGGGAGUUACCCAGGAGGUCCGAAUCCGCCAGGGGGCAUGGGCAUGCCCCCCCACUCCCGGACCCCCGCCGACUUCACCCAGCCCGCUGCUGCCGCCGCCGCCGCUGCCGUUGCUGCCGCCGCCGCCACGGCGACUGCCACGGCAACGGCCACCGUCGCCGCCCUGCAGGAGACGCAGAACAAAGACAUGAACCAGUACGGCCCGAUGUCUUCCUCUUUCCAGAUGGGUCAAGGCCAGGCCUACAGCAGCCAGUUCCUGAGCCAGCAGGGCCCCCGCGGCCCCCCCUCGCUCCCGGCCAGCAUGAACCCCGGCGGCAUGGGGUCCGGGAUGACCCCCUCGGGCAUGAGCGGGCCCCCCAUGGGCCUGGGCCAGCCCCGCGCCCCCGGCAUGAACCCCUUUGGGAGCCACGGCCAGAGGAUGCCCCAGCAGAACUACCCCGGCCCCCGGGCACAGGCCAUGGGCAUGCAGGCGCUGAAGAGGUCUUACCCCGGGGAGCCUAAUUAUGGAGGGCAGCAGUAUGGACCAAACAGCCAGUUUCCCAACCAGCAAGGGCAGUACCCCACCCCGAACCCCCCCAGACCCCUGCCGUCCCCUAACUACGCUGGGCAGAGGGUGCCGGGCCAGCAGGGGGCAGGCCAGUACCCCCCACCGAGUGUGGCCAUGGGCCAGUAUUACAAGCAAGAUCCCUUCAAUGGACAGAGCAACAACUUCUCUGGGAGUGGGUAUUCCUACAACCAAGGCAACAUUAACGGGCCUCCGCGGCCCGGUAACUACCCCCACUCGCCCGUCCCGGGAAACCCCACGCCCCCCAUGACCCCCAGCAAUAUUCCGCCCUACCUGUCCCCCAACCAGGAUGUCAAGCCCCCGUUCCCUCCAGAAAUCAAACCAAACAUCAGCGCCCUCCCCCCUCCUCCAACCAAUCCCAGCGAGGAGCUGCGGCUGACCUUCCCGGUGCGGGACGGGGUGGUGCUGGAGCCCUUCCGCCUGGAGCACAACCUGGCCGUCAGCAACCACGUCUUCCACCUGCGCCAGGCCGUGCACCAGACGCUCAUGUGGAGGUCUGACCUGGAGCUGCAGUUUAAGUGCUAUCACCAUGAGGACCGGCAGAUGAACACAAACUGGCCGGCGUCGGUGCAGGUCAGCGUCAACGCCACGCCCCUCACCAUCGAGCGCGGCGACAACAAGACUUCCCACAAGCCCCUUCACCUGAAGCACGUGUGCCAGCCGGGGAGGAACACCAUCCAGAUCACCGUCACCGCCUGCUGCUGCUCGCACCUGUUCGUGCUGCAGCUGGUGCACAGGCCGUCGGUGCGCUCCGUGCUGCAGGGGCUGCUGAAGAAGAGGCUGCUGCCCGCCGAGCACUGCAUCACCAAAGUCAAGAGGAACUUCAGCAGCGUAGCGGCGUCCUCCGGGAACGCCACGCUAAACGGCGAAGACGGCGUGGAGCAGACGGCCAUCAAGGUGUCCUUGAAGUGUCCCAUCACCUUCCGGCGAAUCCAGCUUCCUGCGAGAGGCCACGACUGUAAACACGUGCAGUGCUUCGAUCUGGAAUCCUAUUUGCAGCUGAACUGUGAGCGGGGAACGUGGCGAUGUCCUGUAUGCAAUAAAACGGCGUUGUUAGAGGGCCUGGAGGUGGACCAGUACAUGUGGGGCAUCCUGAAUGCCAUCCAGAAUUCGGAGUUUGAGGAAGUCACCAUCGACCCGACGUGUAGUUGGCGGCCGGUGGCGAUAAAGUCGGACAUUCACAUUAAGGAGGACCCGGACGGACCAAUGGCCAAGAGGUUUAAGACCAUGAGCCCGAGCCAGAUGAUCAUGCCCAACGUCAUGGAGAUGAUUGCACAGCUUGGGCCUGGACCCUCCCCCUACUCGUCCAUGCCCCCCCCACCGGGGGGAAACAGCAGUGAAUAUGGCAACCAAGGCAACAGUUACCAGGGCCACGGAAACUUUGACUUCCCACACAGUAACCCCGGCGGCACUUCCAUGAACGACUUCAUGCACGGACCCCAGCUGUCCCACCCCCCCGACAUGCCCAGCAGCCUCAUGGCCUCGGACAAGCAGCUCAACCACAACAUGGCCGACACUAUGCCUCAUCCUGUCAGCACUGAUCAGUCCCAUAGCUCCAUGCCGCCGAGCUUGCACGCGCCUCCUCACCCCAGCAGCCAAUCAGGGCAGCCAUUACAUCACAGCGGUCCUCCUCCGCCCCCACGCCAGCCCCCGCCUCCACAGCCUGGUUCUAACAGCCAUCCGCACAGCGACCUGACCUUUAACCCCUCUUCCGCCUUAGAGGGUCAGGCCGGGGGGCCGGUAGCCCCCGAAAUGCCGGAGCCCUCCUUGGAUCUUCUUCCAGAACUAGCGAACCCCGACGAGCUGCUGUCCUACCUGGACCCCCCUGACCUCCCGAGCAAUAGCAAUGACGACCUGCUCUCGCUUUUUGAGAACAACUGAGGGGGCCGUCGUCCCGAGAGCUCGCUGGACUGACUGGACUGCAGCCGCUGACCGGACCGUAACUCAGUACUUGACAAACACAAAGAUGCACUCCCUCGCUCUUCCUCCUCUGCACUCCCUCGCUCUUCUUCCUCUGCACUCCCUCGCUCUUCCUCCUCUGCACUCCCUCGCUCUUCUUCCUCUGCACUCCCUCGCUCUUCUUCCUCUGCACUCCCUCGCUCUUCUUCCUCUGCACUCCCUCGCUCUUCUUCCUCUGCACUCCCUCGCUCUUCCUCCUCUGCACUCCCUCGCUCUUCCUCCUCUGCACUCCCUCGCUCUUCUUCCUCUGCACUCCCUUGCUCUUCCUCCUCUGCACUCCCUCGCUCUUCCUCCUCUGCACUCCCUCGCUCUUCUUCCUCUUACAAACAUUUCAUCCUCCGGAGCAAACUGACUGAGCGUGGUUGCAAACACGCAGCUGUGGCAGUCCUGCCGGCUGCCAUAAAGUAAUAUCUCUGAACAUUAAGAAACUGUGCAGCUAUAUUCAGUUCAUUUUUAUGUCACACAGUGUUCUGUGUGAACACUAGGAAAGUGUUGUAGCAUUUUUUAUUCUUAUUUUAUUUCUCAUUUUAAGAAGAAAAAGAAAUGUAAAAAAAAAAAUACUAAAAAAAACGUGCCCAUCCUGGCCAGUGUCUGUAUCCCCUUUGAACAUUACUGAAAUAUGAAAUAUGGCUUCCCAAAUAACAGGUUUUUUUGUCCAACUGAACAAUAGCACCGCUUUUCCACCGAGCGCCAUUUAAAAGCACAAGAUAAACGACAAACUGUAAACGCGUGAAGUAGAGAACAGCUCAAAGGGAAGAACACAACAGUCUGCAGGAGAAAUCGCCCCCUUUUCUAUCUUUUGUUAAACUCUGUUUUUUAUGUUCCCACUGUAAAGUUAAAAGAAAAAAAACAAAUGUCUUUAAAUGUUCAAAGGCUUUCAUCACAUUUUGAAAGCGCAUUUUCAUCAUGAUGCAGAUAAGGGAAAAAAAUAGAUGUUUUUGGCAAUUUUUGUGCAUUAUGUUUUUUGUUUGUUUGCUAUUUUUGUAAUAUGGAAACCCCAUGUUCACUACACUAAAUGAAAAAAAAAAAAAGAAACACACAGGAGGAUUCUGGGUAAAUGUUGUGAUCAUCUGAAAACUGCGCCUACCUGUGUUCUGUACGUAGCUGUAAUGGGCAUUUAUAUCCACACAGUGAAAUGCAGCUUUUUUUGUAUAAGACUGUUACACAGUAAUCCAGUCCCUAUCUUACCUGGCAGGGGAGCUUCUCUGGGGACAGCUGAGGGAAUACUAGGGAAAGGGGGGGCUGGUGUAGUGGGGGUGUUAUUGCAGCCCUCGUAGCCCCCGGUGCCAGCCCACAGACUGAGCCCCCAGAGCUAGAAACCGCUCCUCUGUGCUUUCCUGCAUGAGCCCACUGUCGCCUGCGUGCUCACUUUGUGCCGUUUGUCUCUCUCCUUGAUGGAUUAUGUACAGUAAGUGGUAUAAAAAGUGCAUGUGUGCCAAUUUUACCCUUGUUUAGUGAUAUUCGAAGCUAAGAUGGCGUGCUUUUUAUCAAUGACUUUGAUCGCAGCUUGUUUUUCUUUUUUUGUUUUUUUGCUUCUGUCUUCUAUUUUGUUCUCAUUCAUUUAAUUUUAACACUAACUAUUCUCCGAAGGGAUUAUUUUCUGAUAUUUACAGUAUAUUGUUCAUUUUUGUAAUGAUUAUUGUUAUUAUUUAAUCUCUUUUGUUGUUGUUUUGCAGUGCUGCAAAUGCAUCGCAGUUAGGUAAUUGUUGGGAAAUUGCUUUAUAUCACCAAAGUUUGGGAGGGAUGGAGGGAAAUGGGGCUACUGUUUCAUCGCAAAGACAGAGAGAAAAGCCGAGAGAAACACAAUUCGUCACUGAAGCAUAAAUAUAUGGUAGCCCCCUGUGUUUCUAUGUAGAUACUUUUAAACAAAUGUCUGAUAUCUGGAAGCGGAACUGUAUGAGAUUUUUCCAUCUUUUUUUUCCAAUUUCAUUUUAACAGAAAAGCGCUGUUCGGUAUGCAAAUGUAUUAUUUUAAAAAGCUAUUGUAAAUACUUUUGUGAAUAUUUUAGUAUUGUCUUAGAUGAUAUUAAUCCUGUUCAUGAUUGGUUGUCCAUGGUUGUUAUCUACUGCUUGUCUAAUACCCUGCCCCACCCCCCCCCCAGCACCAGUACUACCCCCACUCUAACAAACGUGCUUUCUUCUGUAUAGCAGGAAUCAAUCAAUGAGUCUCUCAUAAGCUAUGUGUUGCAGGUCUUCUUGCUUUUAGUGUUAUAUUUGUGUGUGUGUUCUUUCAUACCCCCAGUACAGCAGUAGAAUCAGAAUCUGCAAGCAGGUCUUUCUCUGUCAUAAUUGGUCAUUCAGUAGUAUGUACUACCCCCCCUGAAAUCGAUUUCAGUGUCCCUGAACAAAAAGUGUGGGCCGUCAUCAUCCUGCGUCACUUCAGCUGUUGAUCAAGCAAUAUUCCACUGUAAUCCUUCCAUGAGCACGUCACGGUUUUCAGAGUCUGUAGAGAGGCAGUGAUUUGUUCACUCGGUUCACGAUGGCUCGUUCUUUCGUUUUUACUGGAGUACAGUGAGCAGGCUUGGAAAGCAGUGUGGUUUGACUGCUUUAAUGUGAUGGAAGAGCCGUGGUGAUGUCUCAUUUAAAGGUCACAUUGUAAAAGUGGUAUUUUAAAAAUGUAUCACAGCCUUAUGUUAAAUAAACCUAUAUGAUAUACUUUUUAUUUUUGUUAUAGAAAAAUACAACAUUUGUAAACGGCGAAGAACCUUCAAAUUUUGAAUCUCAUUUUAAAUGUUGCUUUCUGGUUUUGUAAAUUAUUUUUAUGUUUUCUUUUUUUAAUGAAAAUUUAAGGUUAACAAGCUCAUUUAAUUUGGUUUAUCUUAAUGCAGCCGUGCAUUGAAAAAGGAGCAUUAUACAAAUAUAAAUCAUAUGGCUUUUUGGAAAACGUUGUUCCAAUUUAAGAAAGUAGUAUGAUUAAAAUAGCUCAAUGGUGCUGGUACAGUAACCGAAAAUUGUGUAUCGAACUGAGUCAAAUGAGCAGUAUAUCUUUUAAAGAUGUACUUCCGUAUUCGUUCCUUCCCCCUUUCUGUAUAUAUUAAUAGUCAUAUUUGAACUUAUUAUUUUCCAUUUCGCUUACAUUUAUGUACGAGCCAUUUCCAUGUAUUAGGCACCUCUGCAUACUGUAGUUGCACAAUCAUCAAAAAGGAAACUUGUGUCUGGGGAAAAAUAAAAAUAAAACAGGAGGACUGGAGUCUCUCCAUCAGGGCUAGACCUGAGCUUCAGGACAGGACUGGCCAUGGUGAAGAGGCUCGCGAGAGGCAUGUAUAUAUGUAAAUGACUAUAGAAACAUGUUAACAGAAGUGUGUUCAUUUUCCUCAGGAAUCUGCAUUGUUUCCUCAGAAUUGGAAAAAAAAAAGCUUGCAACCCCCUAUCAGAAGUGAUUCAGUGUGGGAAAUGAGUCUUGCUUGUUAUCGUCUGUGGACUCCCUCAGCGCUCGUUCCCUUAUGUAAUAUGCUUUUGUCCCUCUCUAUCGAUGGAAUUGGAGAAAAAAAAAACGACAACUUUGUUUUGCCUACAUGUAAUAUUUAGCCUAAGUGUGUUAGUCUCUCACCUGCAUAUGUUUAAGGUGCUACAGGAAAUAAGCGUUUAAUGAAGAGAAAACUGCGGAAAGGUGAAGAGAGAGUGGGGGCUGGAGGGGGAGGGGGGUUCAAAAAGAUUGUAACCAAAUCCAUAGUUUGUACAAUUUUUGAUAUCAUGAUCAGGCAAAAAGAAAAUAAAUUAAAAGGUACAAUCUAAGGUGAUUCAUGCAAAAGUGGCCAUUGUCUUUAUGUUUGUACAUUGUAUGUACAAUCAUUUCAUAUUCUAAACUGGUCAGAAAAAAUAAACUAAUUGUGAUUUUUAGUCUUGCAGAACUGUAUGUAGUUAGAUGAUGUGACAACCUAAUAUUUAUCUAAUAAAUAUGUAUUCAGAUGAUACCUGUA